GGCGGGGGUGUUGUGAGCAGAGGGGGCGUCCUCGGAAGCCGAUGAGUCCAAGCUCCCACUUUACAGAUAGGGAAACUGAGUCCAAGGGGAGGAAGCGCCCUGACUGAGACGCCCCCCGGCGGGAAAGUCCCACAGGGAAGGACCCCGGGGGACAAGGAGGGACAAUGGAAAGAAAGGACCGCGAGGGCUCCUCGGAUGACUCGGGCUUCCACCGAAAAGGCAGCAUGGAGCGCAUCCCGGAGGCGCCCAGUGAACCGGAGGCGCCCAAAGAACCGUCGGCGCCCGGAGAGUCGGAGGUGCCCAAAGAACCGCAGCCGUCCAAAAUGUCGAAGGGCCGCCGGAAGGAUUCAUCCCACGAGUCCAUGAAGAAGAUAGCGGCCCGGGCCAUCCAGGCCCUCAAAGCCCAGAUGCCCUUGGAAGAGGAGGAGCUCAAGUACUUGCAGACCCUGACCUCCGUCUCCCCCGCCGACUCCCCCGCCCCCCCCCCCCUCGGCCCCCCGGUGAGUGGGGGCCUGUUUAUGGGGGUCCCUGCCUGCGGCCUCCGGAGACCCGACGCUCCGCCCCUUUCUUUCCUCUCGGCUCGGAGGACUUGGAAGGACUGGGCAGGCCUGGGGGCUUGUCCCGCCUCCUCUGCUCCCUCCCCCCGCCUCCGCCACGAGCUCCUUCCCCCAGCCUCUCCCCGAAGCCCGGCCCUCUCUCGCCCCGGGCCUGGGCUGACGCCCCAUUCGGCCUCCCCCAUCCGGCCGGCGGAGCCCCUCCCCCGAGAAGCCUUCCCUGGUUGCCCGCCUGCCUUCCCGAAGCACUUUCCUGUGGCCGGAGGCUCCCGACCCUCGGGCGCGCCCGCCCCCUCCCAGGCGCACCCGGAGGUGUCGGGCGGUGGCCUUCCCCGAGGGGAAGGAGGCAGGGAGCGGCCGCUCAUUGUCCCUGGGCUGCAGCUUUCUCGGGGUCACAGGGCUAGGCCCCGAAGGAUUACCUUUUUUUCCCCCCGUGACAAAAAGGCAAUUGCAGGUGGAAAGUCUGAAGGAACAGAGAGAAGUGAAGGAGCAAAAAAAGUUUUUGGAGAAUUGAGUAGACAGGGUACUGUACGGUCUCCUCACAGUACUAAGGUCUCCUUCCUUGAAAAAAAACCCUCAAUCCGCGUUUAUGACAAUGGGGCUUUUCCUUAUGAUGAGAAUGAGGAAGAGGAGGAAGAAUACGAGCAAUUUGGAGAAGAGGAGGCUUCUUCCUCCAAAGAGCCAUUACUACAAGACUCAUUGGUGUACCACUCCAGGGAAGAUGGUCUCUUUAGAGAAAAGACUGAGAAGGACAAAAUGUAUCCCCUGAGUCUGGCCUGGUGCUACGGAUGGAACAGCUCCCUCCCCAUCUACAACAUGCGCGACGGGAACGACCGGGUUGUGCUCUACGCCUGCUCCCACACGGCCGUGCUCUACGACGCCUUUAAGAACUGCCAGCACCAUCUCCAGGGCCACAGUAACGUGAUCACUUGUAUGUGUGUGAGUGAAAACAGAAGGUGGAUUGCAACAGCUGACAAAGGCCCCCACUGCUUGGUGAUUGUAUGGGAUGGCUUCUCGGGCAUUCCCGUGCACACGAUAUUCGACAGCUGCCCAGAAGGAAACGGCAUCAAAGCCAUGGCCAUGACCAAAGAUGCCAAGUUUUUAGUGACAAUCGAUGACGCGCCACUUCAGAGACUUUGCAUCUGGAGGUGGACUGUGGACACAGAGACACCCACGUGUUCUGUCACCCUACAGGCAGAUAUCGGUGUGCAGGAAUACAUUAUUUUUAAUCCUGGUAAUCACAGAGAAUUGGUGAGCAACAGCAAAACCCAUCUACUGUACUUUGAAUGGGAUGAUGACAAUGAAGCUAUUGAAGUUAGCCUGCCAGCUUUAAGUGAAAAAACGUUCAACAAGAUUGUGGGCAGAUUUAGCCAGUCCGUCUUUCAUUUUGCGGCCAGACAGAUUUUGACCGCCACGCUGGAAGGGAAGCUGGUGGUCUGGGACCUUCACCCCCCACCUCGAUCUUAUACUUCCUUAGAGGUGCUUCAUAUCAAGGCCUGUAAACUGCUGCAUCUGCAGAAGGAUGGUCUUACCGUCUUAACUACUGUGGACAGGUUCUUCGUAACCGGUGAUGUCAAAGGUCACAUCAAGUUCUAUGAUAGCAAACUGUCCCUGGUUAACUGGUACAGCCAGUUGAAGCUGAGCCCCAUCAUAAUGCUGUCCUUUUCUAAGGACCCCCUCCUUGUUGCGAGCAACAAAUCGAGCUUCCUCUCAGACUGCACCCUUCCUGGAGACCCUUUCAUGGUGAGAAAUUUUAUCAUCGGCACAUCGAAUGCCAGAGUGUACCAUUUCACAGCAGAUGGGAACAAACUGGAGAAAGUCUUGAUCGAGCCCAGGGAAGCCAUUCACGCCAUUGCUUGCCAUCCUUACAAGCCCCUUAUUGCUAUUGGGAGUAUGUGUGGGCUGCUCAAAAUGUGGAAUUACCGCAAGAAGAUGUACGUGGUGAGCAGGAUCUUCGACGAAGGGCUGGGCGUCCAGUGCCUGACCUUCAACCCUGAAGGGUACCUUCUGGGGGCCGGCUUCAAUGACGGGGCGGUUUACAUCAUGGACGCCGUGUCCCUGAAAAACGAGAUUUCCGAGCCUUUCAGAUAUUCCAGAGACACCGUGACCCUCAUCAGCUUCUCCCACGACUCCCAAUACCUGGCAACUGCGGAUGUAAAUUUUACUGUGGCCGUUUACAUGAUAGUGAUAAAAAAUGGAGAAAAGGUCUGGGAAUAUUUAGCAAGGCUUCAUUCUCACCACAAGAAAAUCCAGAGUUUGCUUUUUGGGGUUCAGGUGGACAGCUACGAGCCCAGACUUCUCAGCCUUAGCAAGGACAGAUUUCUGAUAGAGUACGACCUCCUCAACAGCGGCAAGGACCACCUGGAGGUCCUGGACAUCCACCGCACGGAGCAGGAGGCCAUCCCCAAGUGCAUGGUGUGGUACCCUCCCAUCACCAGAGAGUCCUUCUUGCUCGUCUGCAAUAGCGUGUACAAAGUGAAGCUGUUCAACUCCAUCACCAAGAUGUGCAGAAAGACUCUGAUUGGGCCGACUUAUGGGUCACCCAUCAAGCAAGUCCUGGUCCUCCCAGAGGCCUCCUCAAAAGGCUCACAGAGACGAUACUUGGCGUUUGUGAACAAAGACAAGGUCGGACUUCAGAUCUUGCCAGUUGAUGGCAACCCCCACAAGACAGCCGCCAUCAUUUGCCACCCCAGUGGAGUGUCCAGCAUGGCUGUUUCUUAUGACGGCACCCACGUCUUCACCGCAGGAGGAGAAGACCACAGCGUGUUACAGUGGGAGAUUAAUUUAAGGGCUCUGGAGGCAGCUGUUCACCUGGGGGGUGAAGAUCUGACCCCAUUCUAUGGUCUGCUGGAUGGGGGCCGGGAAGGAGAAUUCUAUAAGGAACUGGAGGACUAUUUUUAUUAUUCUCAGCUCCGGAGUCAGGGUAUUGAUACAAUGGAGACCAGACAGGUGUCUACACGCAUUCCCCUGAGUGAGCUGCCUUUUGUCAUGAGAGCAAUUGGCUUCUAUCCAUCUGAAGAGCAGAUUGAUGAUAUGUUAAACGAAAUUAAAUUUGGUGAGUAUGUGGAUACAGGAAAGCUCGCUGAUUCAAUCGACUUGCCAGAGUUUGUGAAGCUUUAUAUCAAUCACAGGCCACCUUUUGGUCAAACCAUAAGUGACAUACGAAAGGCUUUCAAAAUUCUUGGCACUCCUAAUGAGGAUGGGGAAAUGGCUAUUGAGAGAGAACAUUUCCUAGAACUGCUUCUAACCAAAGGGGAGCACAUGACUGAGGAGGAGCUGUCAGACUGCUUCACGGUGCUAUUUGGACUGAACCCGGAGGGCUGGAAAUCGGAACCUGCCACCCUGGACUACAAAGGAUCUAACAUUCGUCUGGAGGAAGAGCUCCCGGAAGAAAUCACUGCCGAGAUAUUCACUUCUGAUAUUCUUGGCUUGCCCAUUCCCGAAGACUUCUGAAAAGGCUCUCAAAGUGGGAGCGAUGGCAGAAAAGAGAACACUGGGUCUGCUUCCCCUAUAGAUUCUCCCUUCACUUAACUCCCUCCCUCCUCUUCCCCUCCAUCCCUCACCCCGCUGACUCUUAGGAAUUUUUAGGAUUACAAGGAAAUUUCUGUAAAGCACAGCAUCCAAGAUGUUGGAAGGACCAGAAUCCCGCGAGUUGACAGAGCCAGUGAGCUGGAGAAUUGGGUUAAAUAUGAGACAUGAAAAUUAAAAAGAUAAGCUGUAAAUUGCAGAAAGCUCUUUGGGUCUGUUUCCAUUCUCUGGAGGUGAUUUUUCCAGGACAGAGAGGGGCCUCUGAGCGUGACGGCUGAGUAGGGUGGGCGUCGGGGCCUAGGAGAGCCGGUGCACAGGAAGCACCUUCUCUCUCCGACUUCCUCUGCAAGCCUCGUUCCCAGAGGAGUCAGCUCUCUGUAAGUCACUCAUGGCUGCCCAAGUAAGUCCUCAGUCUCUGUGUGGGCAGGGUGGGGAGACCCAGGUCCCCUUUGCUGUCAGGGGCGGGGACCUUCUAGAACUGGCUGCAGCUGCAGAUGGGGAUGGCUGAGCCAUGCUCAGCACAAACAGGAACCCCGGCAGCUGGUCCCCUCGCCCGGGCCACCCGCGGGCACUGCCCAGAGCCACCGACCUCCUGGCCAAAGCCAGCGCAUCCAAACAGCACCUGGGCUGGCCCACCUGGACCUUCCUGGCACAUUUUGUUUGUUCUCUUGUGUCUCCUCUGGGUGGAUGACCCUGAGAGUGGGGAGUUGGGGAGUGAAUCCCCUCAGCAGGCUUACUCUGUGAACAAUCGUGCACAUUUCCAUGGCUCUUUAGGGUUGCAAAAUACUUUCCUCAAAAUAGUCCUCUUAGGUGUCAGUUGGCACUUAGUAUUUGCCAACGGCUUUGUACUUUAUGAUCCUCAGAACAAUCCAGGAGGAGGGGAGGUGCUCCUGUUAUCCCCAUUUUAUAGAGGGGGACACUGAGGCAGAGAUCAGUGAAGUGCCAUGCUCAGUCACACUAUUUGGAAGUGUCUGAGGCCACAUUUGAAUUCAGGCCCUCCUGACUCCAGGACCUGGCUGAAAGAACUAGGGAAUGGCCAGCAAGGAGAAGGGAAGGCUUGGAAGGGUGAGCAGGAAGUCCCUGGGCUCUCCAUCCUCAGCUCCCCUGGGCAGCUCCUCCCCAGGAGACUGCAGGGAGGACCGUCAAGCAAAAGCUGCCAUAGGCUCUAGGUGGUGGGACUGGACUCGUGGGACCCCCAAGGUUCCUCCCUGAUCUGAAAUUCUGUGAUUCUACCUCGCACCUUCCCUAUCCUGGACAUUUGGGAAACAAAUGCGAGAAGACACAAUUCCAACCUGCCUUUGAGAGUUUGUAGUCAAACUGAGACAGGGCAAGAGGGGCAUGAGAAUGAUGAGUCAACUAGAUAGCGCCAGGUCUGGAGUCAGAAAAACCUGAGUUCCAGUCC